CUCAAGUUCCGUCCAAGUGCGGUCCGGCCCAGGGUGUGUCCCGGCGCUCGGCCGGAGGCGGCCGAUAAGGAAGUUGAGGCACUCAGAGAUGAAGAACCUUCCUGGAAGUGACAGAGCUUCCCUCCCUUUCCCAUUUCUUGUGCAUCCUGCAAAGCCAGGAAAAUGACCGCAGCUAGAGCAGCAGCUGCUGCAGGGAGCCUCACAGAUCCUCCGGGAGCAUCGUUCCUUAAAUGUACACCAUCACAAUUUUAAAAUUAAUUCAUUCGAGAUUCAAAGCAUUAAGAUUGAGCUAUGAAUAGCCCUCUGUCUCCAGCACCCAUAGCCUUGUAUUAAGUCAUGUCCAAUCAGCAGCAAUCCCAGGAUGCAAACUGAACAUGAUCACACAGUUGGAGGGAGAACAACCAUAGAUACUGGAUCUUCAGGGAGCUGAAAAGGGAGUCACCAAAAACACCUGUCUCGAUAGGGAGAGUUGAACCAAACCAAAGCAUCAACACCAAUCAGGCUAUUUCUGAAGAACUAGAGUUUUCAGGGUCAGCAAUGGAAAGUCUCAGAGGGAAUACUGCCCAAGGUCCUACAAAUGAAGAAGGCUGCAAAAGUGAGGACCAGUUAUCAAGGCAGACAAAAUGUCAUGUACAGAAGAAAUCUUCUUUUGAGAAAAGAACAAUCAGAAAAGUGUCAAUGACCCUCAAGGAAAUUUUCACUAGGGAGAGAGGCCCUGAAUCCAGUGAAUUUAGUCUAAGCUCCAAACUUCAUACACAGCAGAAAAUUCCAAAGGGAACUAGAUCCCUCAUAUCUAGGAAAAACUCCAAAGUUAAUUCAAACUUAAUUAAACACCAAAAACUCUUCUCACAAAAGAAACUUUGUAAAUGCAAUGAAUGUGGGAAAGCUUUUAGUUACCAAUCAAACCUUAUUGUCCACAGUAGAAUUCAUGAUGGAGAAAAGCCUUUUGAAUGCAAUGAAUGUGGGAAAACUUUUAGCCGAAGUACACACCUUAUUGAACAUCAAAGAACUCACACUGGAGAGAAACCUUAUGAAUGCAGUGAAUGUGGAAAAGCUUUUAGCCGGAGUACUCACCUUAGUCUACAUCAGAGGAUCCAUACUGGAGAAAAACCAUAUGAGUGUCGUGAAUGUGGAAAAGCCUUUAGCCGAAGUACUAACCUUAGUCAACAUCAGCGAACUCAUACUCAAGAAAAACCUUACAAAUGUAAUGACUGUGGGAAAGCCUUCAGUGACCGUUCAACUAUAAUUCAGCAUCAACGAAUACACACUGGAGAGAACCCCUAUGAAUGCAGUGAAUGUGGAAAAGCUUUCAGUUGGAUCUCAUCUCUUAUUGAACAUCAGAGAACUCACACUGGAGAGAACCCUUAUGAGUGCAGUGACUGUGGGAAAGUGUUCAGUCGAAGCUCAUCCCUUAUUGAACAUCAGAGAAUCCACACUGGAGAAAAGCCCCAUGAGUGUAGAGAGUGUGGAAAGGGCUUUAGUCGGAGCUCAUCCCUUAUUAUCCACCAGAGAACUCAUACCGGAGAGAAGCCUUACAAAUGUAAUGACUGUGGGAAAGCCUUCAGUCAGAGUUCAACUCUCAUCAGACAUCAGCAACUUCACAGUAAAGAGUAAUAUGUGAGCUUUCAUUAAUGUUAGUACAAAAGCACAUGGCAUAACCUCCUGCAGCUGAAAAGAAAAAUGUAUACUUGUUUGAAUUUUCCUUCCCUGACUAGCUAUAAGCCAGUUUUAACCUAGCCUUCUUUUCUUUUUGUAAACUAAAUGCUCAAAUGAGUGAUCGAUACAAUAAGGGAUUGACUUUAAAAACCUAAUAUAUUCAAUCUGAUAUUCUGGAGGGCUCCAACCUUAAGAGUAUACAGCUACCUGACACCUGGCAUUUCCUCACCUUAUCUAUGGGGCUUGGGUUCUGGAACAACAAGUGAACCCUCUGUUUCCCUACUAUAUCAGCCCCUUCACUUAAAGAGAAAAUCCUGUGUGUGUGUGUAUUGUCAAUGCUUGCUGGCUCUGGUAGCAGAAGAGAAGGAGCUAGCUUCAGAACAGGACAAAAAACUUCUCACCAAUUUGGGAAUAAUAAUGUUGAGGCAAAUUCAGUCUCUGGACUUAAAAGGACAGAUUUUUCUCUUCCUUCCACUCUCACCAUUUUUUUCUGUAGCAUAUUUUCCUCAGAGUAUAACCCAUAGUUCCACUAAUGUGCCUAACUAAUCCUAGUGUUAUUUUAUCUCAUCCUUAGCAAGAAUGUCCUAAACCUUAAAGACAUUUAGUUCCUCCAUUAUCUUGAAAAAAAAAAUGCCCUAUUUUUUAAACUUUUCUUUUGUUUACAGACUUCAUGAAACUUCAUUAAACUCUCUGGCUCUGACUGUCACCAA